AUGAAAGAUGUGCAAAAAGAGCGCGUACAGAACGACCAUGGCCAUGAUACUGUAGAAAGUAAUAAUAAUGGUAUGAACAGUAAUAAUAAUAUUCAACAGGGACGGAUGAGGAAGACACAGUUGUCCAAAAAGGAACUUUUCGAGAAGAGGAAAUCUGAUGUGCUGAUUGCUGCUAAAUCCCUAGAUACAGAAAUCCAGAAUGUGAAAAAUUUGAAACGGUUGUCCAUAGGUUCAAUGGAUUUAGUCUUUGACCCUGAACUAGAGUUUAAGCUGAGCAGCAGAAACUCGUAUUCUUCAGAUUCCUCGAAGGAGUCAUUGCAAGAAUCGCUGCACGGAGAGGAAAUCAAACAACUGGAACAGGAGAUAGAAGAAAGGGGCCAAGAUGACGACGUGUAUGAGGAGGACGAUGCAACUAAUGCAGACGACAGCAUUGACAUCACUCAAACGGAAUACCUGCAUGAUGAAGAGACUUUGGAGAAGGAAAGGAUAUCUCGGAAGGCUUCUUCAACUUCAUUCCCUGCUAGAGUAACGUCCAGAAAUAGAAGGCUCAGUGGAGUAAAGUCAUUUCCACACGAUGAAGUUUUAGACGUGGUGGAUAGUCAUGAUUCGAAUGCGGUCAAUUUUACCCAAAACUUGUUGUGGGUGCCCGCUAACCAACAUCCGAAUGUUAAGCCGGAAAACUACUUGGAAUUGAUUCAAGACACUUUACAGAACAUUCAAAUAUCCGUAGAUCAGGAAUUCGAUGAAAGCAAAUUAGAAUUGGGCAACAACCAUGCAUUUCCCAACAGACAGCGUUCGGGUUCUAUAGUGAGAAAUCCAUCUCGAUUAAAAACCUCUUACAGCAAGUUUGAUGACGAACCUUCUCUUGCAGGUCAACCACAACAGGAGCAAGAGCAAGUGGAAAGGCGAAUACCCUCAUCUGAAUUUAAAUCCAUGAGAUCUGUAUCCUUGAAGGAAAUCACUGAAGAACUAACCAAGAUUUCAAAUAAUGCAGGUUUGACAGAUUCGGACGCAGUCACUUUGGCUAGAAGCUUGAGCAUGUCAGGAUCAUUCACCAGUGGGAACCUUCACUUGAGCAAUAAUAACGCUGAAAAUGAUAAUGAAUUCGCAUCAAAUAUGUUUAAUGAGAUUGGUGGGGGAAUACCAGAAAGGUCAUCUCUAAGGAGAUCCAAAUUCAAUACUUACAAAAUCAGACUAGAAGGCAGUGGCCUCUCGCAAGCAUCAAGACCGAAUAGCCUAAUGAGCAUACAAAUAAGUGAGGGCCGCAGAAGUGCAUCGUUGCCUGCGUCCUACGCACAAUUGCCUCAGCAGCAAGGCUCAUUGAAUGAUUUCCAGGAGAUUUUCGAUCAUUACAGAAAAACGAGUACUGAAUGGGGUACUGAAAAUACAAAAUAUGUUGAUAAUACCAACUACUAUUCAGACGAAGAGGACCUGACACAUGCCUCCAUUUCUCAGGAUAGUAGCUUCUUAUCCACAGAUAGCUCUAAUAAUAGCGUUUUGAUGAAGCCACACAAUUCAGGUUCGAUGAUUUCCGAAAGACUGGAUCAGGAUACGAUUUCCAAUGAAAACGAAAAUACCGGUAUUAGCGAGCCAAACCAUGGUUGGUCGUGGUUGAAUUCUGGAAAUGAAAACUCAAGUAACAACGACCACAUUUACGAGCCAUUGAUGGAUGAACAAGACGCUGAAGACUGCCUGGAAAAUGAAGAGGCUAAUUUUGUCAAUUUGAGCGUAUCUAGGAGAGCAAAAUCCACUAAACGCGUCUCUGAAAGAAUCAACCAUUCCAAAAAUAGGCAUUCACCAAUACUUCAGAUGCCUUCAGAUGGUUCAAAAUCGGUAGUGAUUACUUCCUCAGUCCCUUCAUCACCUCCGCUGCAGUCAUCUGAAGCCACAAUACCCGCGGCUGCAGAGAAAGAGCAAAAUUGUCCCGAUGAUAACAGACCCCUUUCACAUAAGAAACAAUCGUUAGAGAAAAGGCUCGCCAGGUUAUUCAAAAGAAAGCAACAUUGUGAUGGUUCUAAAUCGGAUGCUAAAGUUCUCAAGAAAAACGUCAAAAACGAACUGAAAAAGAAGGCUUCACAUUCGAGUUUGUCCAAAUUCAGGAAAAGUCCCAAGAAAAAACGCGAAGAAGAGGAAGUGGUCCAUGACCGACCUUCAUCACCUGUUGAAACGAUUACUACUGAAGAUUUUGAUACAUCAAGUGAUAUUGAACCCGCCGUAGAGAGCCCAAAUGCUUGUAACAUUCUUCCUGACAGCAAUACUAAUCACAGUUCUGAAUUCGUAGUGGAAACCAUAAAUGAAUUAGACGGCGACGAUUCAUUUGAUAUCAGUGGUGGCGAGAACGACUGUAACAUAGAUGUACGUUCUGAUAUAGCCAGAGAUACAACAGCUGGACCGAACGAGAGUAUGGGGGAAGAGGAGGAAAGUAUGGUUCCAUCUCCUGCACCUCAAAUCUCAACUUUACUUCCAAGAAAAUUAAUAUUUGAAGAUGUUAUUAAACCGGAGUACCCAAACGCACCAAUAAAAUUCACGGACAGUGCAUUUGGCUUCCCAUUACCAAUGAUAGCAAACUCCACUGUGAUCAUGUUUGACCAUCGUCUAAAUAUCAAUGUUGAAAGGGCCAUCUACAGACUUAGCCACCUGAAGCUCAGUGAUCCCGGGAGAGAAUUAAGGCAACAGGUGUUGUUGAGUAACUUCAUGUACUCUUAUUUGAACUUGGUCAAUCACACUUUAUACAUGGAACAGAUGGGCAGUGAAGAUGCGGUAUUCAACAGUGAUCCUGCAUUGGGAAUGACGGAUAAGAAUGAUUCUGAUGGUGCAAUUGUAAUUCCCGAUAUUUGA